AAAAAAAAAAAAUCUCCGUUGCUUUCCUAUGGAACUGAAAUCUCUAUUUUUCCUACGUUUUUUCCUUCAUUCCAAGCAGUUGCAAUCCAAACGGCACCUUAACUCAAAACCACUUUUUUGCAAUCAAAUCACAAAUAAAACUGUUGGGAUUCCUUUUAUCCGGAGGUGUGAACAGGUCGAUUUGAACUGCCUAGGCCUAGGGCUAGGGUGGGUUGCUUGCAGCACGCUACAGUCACUGUCACUCAUCACACCCAGGCUAUGGAGGAGGCAUCAGCGAGGGAGCGGAAGAGGCCGCGCGAGGUAUGGAAGAGGCUGCUCAAGGCGGCGGCCUGGGAUCCUCAGUACACGUACCUGCCUAUCGCCGACACCCUCAAGGUUCCCGGCGUCCAGGUCUGCCUCUUCGCCGUCGUCGCCGAGAUCGGCGCCGCUGUCCACAGCCUUGGCACGGAUUUCACUGUUACUUUGAGGAUUGUGGAUGAAUCACGCAAGGAUGGAAUAUCUGCAACAUUUUUUGCUGAAAACACUGCCCUAUUGCCCUGUGUUAAGUCAAGUGGAGAUGUGAUCAGGCUCCAUAACGUCGUGGUAAAGCAUCAUCAUGGGGAGUUCUUUCUUACAUUUGACAAAAAGUUUUCUUCAUUCGCGCUGUUUGAAGGCAAAGGAUCUGCUGAGUGCAGCCCAUAUCAGACUUCUAUGAAAUAUCAUGGCUGCAAACGUGACAGAGAACUUUUAACUCAGAUGAGAACGUGGUUACCAAAUAAUCCUCUAGGCCUGAAAGAUCUUGAAUUGCAGUUAAGGAGUUUAAAGUCUGGUUCUACUUUUGAUCUAGUAUGCAAGGUUUUGCAUGUCCGUGAAAAUAGCGGCAAAUGGAUAUUUUAUGUUUGGGAUGGAACUGAUACCCCUGCAACUGAGUUUCAGGCAAUUUCGGAUGCUGAGGCAGUUGAAUCACCCCUUGUGCUUGAAGGACUACCUCUACCCAGGGAGGUUUUAUGCACAAUGCCAUGUGUCGGAACUGUUCUGAGGAUUUUUUCAGACAGGUCUGUCAAUAAAGUACUACACAUGCAAAAGGGUAUUUAUUGGGCCAGGUUCUGCAACAUUACUUGCAAGCAAGAGUUUGGCAUUUGGAAAGGCGUUUUCUUGAAGUGUAGUAGAGUUCGCCUUUUAUCUCAUGAAGAUGGUAGCGUUGUUGAUUGUCUGAAGAUGUAUGACAGCCGCAACACCAACAAAGUUCACCGCCAGCCGAUGGCAAGCUUCCCCUCUAAUAUUGCUGAUGUAGAAUAUGAGAAAGCAGGCUACUCAACAUUAAUGGAGUCUUUAACUCAUCAUGAGGUGACACACAAAUUGAAAACCUUGGUCCGUGUUGUGGCAGCAUAUCCCUGUCGAGCUAGUGAACUCCGUUUGCUUUCGACUCGUAAAUAUAUUCGGUUGACUCUUGAGGAUCCUACAGCGAGAAUUCAUGCGCAUGUCUAUAAGGAUAAUGUGGUCAAAUUCUUUGGUGGUUGUCUGACAGAAGAAGUGGUUAUAAAAAAGAUGAACAAGCUACUGGGCAUGCCAGAAUCAGAGGACGAGGAAGUUGCCCUCUUGACCAGGAAUCCACCUUGGAUAUGGUGUUGCUUGAUAUCAUACUAUCGGGACAAAAACGAUCGCUGGGGCAGCAAAAGGUACCAAAUCUAUGCCACAACGAUCAGGGAUUGAGCAAAUCUAUGCCACAACGAUCAGGGAUUGAGCAGGGAUGCUGCUCGAAUAUGCAGGAACAACCUUGCAAAUGAAUCAAACAGUGCAGUAUUUUGUUAUUUUGUAUGUGCUGCCAGCCUGCUUAUGUGGUAUUUUGGAGGGGGGUGGGGGCAUCUUGUAAGGAUACAGGGCGACACGCUGUUAUUGCCUUGAUGUAAUGUUGUUGCAGUACCGUCGAUCCGUGGCCAUAUGUUUUUGUAUGGUCAGUGCAUUAUUCUAUCCAGAACACUGGUGGCACCGUGGCCUUCUGUACAAGUCUGUAUGUGCCAAUUGUGCGCCUGCACUCUAGAUUAUCUUAAUCUCAAGAACCCCUUAUUUUAUU